CAGCCCACAUAUUUAUUGCAGCCACUGAAAAAAAUCUCCUCAAUAUCCCCCAAGAUGGCCGCCGAUGUAGGAUCGAUGUUUCAAUAUUGGAAGAAAUUUGAUCUACGGCGGCUUCAGAGGGAGCUCAACUCUGUAGCGUCUGAGCUGGCGGGUCGACAAGAGGAGAGUGAACAUUCUCAUAAGCAUCUGCUAGAACUGAGCAGGGAGUUCAGGAGAAAUGUACCAGAGGAGGUCCGGGAGAUGGUGGCACCAGUUCUCAAGAGUUUCCAAGCCCAGGUGGUCGCUCUGAACAAGCGCAGUAAGGAGGCUGAGUCUGCAUUCCUAGGAAUCUACAAACAGCUUAUUGAAGCCCCAGAUCCGGCUCCUGUACUGGAGGCCUCGCACACGCUGGAGGAGAGGCUGCAGGAGCUUCAGACUAAAGUCCCAGAUAGUGAGGCCUUGGCACGCGAGAUCAGCGGGCACGGCAAGAAACGCCUGGAGUGCAUUGAAAAGACAGGACCCACAAACAACGGCUUCGCGGACACAGCAAAAGCUGGAGACCCCUGUGAAUCGAGCUCUCCAGCCCCUGAUAUGACCCCCAAUAGCACGCCAACUCCUGGAGCCCCAGGCUCUCCGCAGGAGAUCUACCAGGACCAAACUGAGGGACAAGGGGAGGAGGAAAAUGUUGGGGUUAGUUUGGCUGACAAACUGUCAGAGGCUGAGGAGAAAAUCAAGAUUUUGCAUUCAUCUUUGGAUACUUCACAGACAGAGCUUCUCGACCUGCGGUGUAAAUAUAGCCAAGAAAUGACAAACAAGGUAGAAGAAGUCAGCAUCAUUAUGGCCAAACUUGAGAAGGCAAACCAGAGAGCAGAAAUGGCCCAGAAAGAAGUGCAGAGGCUAAAGGAGCAGAUAGUCAGUGGGCCGAGUGCCUCUGCAGGGGGCUGUCAACUCAUAGAGGGCACCCCUGGCACCGGCAAGGAGAACAACGAGAGCGGCGAGGCUGUGCCCUCCAAACUCGAGGCCACUCUGCUCGCAAAAGACCGUGAAAUCAUCCGCCUUCUUGAAAAUAUUCAGCGGCUUCAGUUCACGCUACAGGAGGUGCAAGAUACCUCAGCCAAUCAGAUCAUAGAGCUGGAACGACAGUUGGCCUACAAGACAGAAGCUAUUGAGAGAUUAGAAGCAAAACUGAAAUCCCAAAUGGAUUAUGAAGAGAUUAAAACUGAACUCAGCAUCUUAAAGGUAAUGAAGCUAGCCUCUGUGAAUGGCAGCUCUUCCCAGGAUUCUGUAAAGGCCACAGAGGCGCUUCUGCUAGAUAAAGAGGCAUUUCUUCCAUCUCACAAGUACUUGAUGGAAAAGGCCAGGAUAUUGCACAGUACUGAUGAUGACCAGUCAGAGGAAGGAGGUAGAGAAACAGGCAGGCCUCCUGGCUCACACUCAUCAUCCUCUCAGGUGGACACUGGUCACACCUCUCCCAGCCCUUGUCGUCCCACGUUAGAUGGCUCGUCCUCCAGCCACGAUCUUACCCGGCCCUUCUCAGUGUCGCCGUGUUCUGGUGACCGACUAUCAGGGGACCACUUACUCCACAAGCAUCUUCUCUCCCCCCAUUUUAAAAAGGAGGGCCAUAUGGCUUUUCCCACUGCACUCUACGCGGCCAAGGUGGCCCUCAUGUCAGCCACUCAAGGUUCCGGAGGCAGUGACACAGGCUUACCCAGUGACCAAUCCGAAAGCGGAGGCUCAACCGCAGGGGAUGACGACCAAGUCGACACGGCGGAGAUUGCCUUUCAGGUGAAGGAGCAGCUGCUGAAACAUAACAUCGGCCAGCGCGUGUUUGGCCACUAUGUGUUGGGCCUCUCCCAGGGCUCAGUCAGUGAGAUCCUGGCCAGGCCCAAACCCUGGAGGAAGUUGACUGUGAAAGGCAAAGAGCCUUUCAUUAAAAUGAAGCAAUUUCUCUCUGAUGAGCAAAACAUCCUGGCACUUAGGACUAUCCAGGUCCGUCAAAGAGGGAGCAUCACUCCACGCAUCCGAACUCCAGAAACUGGGUCAGACGAUGCCAUUAGGAAUAUCCUGGAGCAGGCCAAGAAGGAGAUUCAGUCCCAGAGGGGAGGGGACUGCAAGACUCCCGUGCACACCAGCUUGGGCAGAACCAGUAACGGGGCAAGCAACAGCUCUGACGAAACCAUUAAAAAUAUUCUACAACAAGCCAGGAGGGAGAUGGAAUCCCAGCAACAGGUCUUGAUGGAUAUGGAAGGCUGCGGAAGAGCUUCAGCAGUUGGCACAGGAGCCCAAGUGGAACUUCUGGGGCCCCACGAUCGUUCUAGAGGCCUACCUUUGCCCAUCUCCAUUAAACAAGAGGAGGGUGGCUGUGUUACUGUUUGCAUGGCCAAUGCCAUCAGCAGCCCCCAGACACCCCUCAGUGUCCUCUCUCCAGCGGCCUUCGUACAGAAUAUCAUUCGUAAAGUCAAAUCAGAGAUCGGCGAGGUCGGCACUUAUUUCGACCAGCAUUGGUCUCAGGAGCGCGGCUCGAUGGGGCUCAGCGGCAUGGGAAGCUCCCAGCCCUUUAAUUCUAUUUCCCCCGCUGUGUCUUCUUCUUCCUCGGGUCCCUCCGCAUUGAACCGGCCCUGGCCGCGCCUGGAGAAUGGCGAAUGUCUCAGCGAAGAAGCCUCCGCCGCUGAAGAAGAGCUGGGACCCGGUCGACCCAUGGAGGUGAAGGUGGAGUCGGACACCUCGAUCAGUGGCGAGUCCCCGGGCCCGAGCCCUGGCCGCCUUUCUUACUAUCCGCCGUACGUUCCGCGGGCUCUCAAGCCCACCGUCCCGCCGCUGACUCCCGAGCAGUACGAGUUGUACAUGUACCGAGAGGUGGAUACCAUUGAGUUGACCAGGCAAGUGAAGGAAAAGCUGGCAAAAAAUGGCAUCUGCCAGAGGAUCUUUGGUGAAAAAGUACUUGGACUUUCUCAGGGUAGCGUAAGUGACAUGCUUUCACGGCCCAAACCCUGGAGCAAGCUGACCCAGAAAGGCAGGGAACCCUUCAUCCGCAUGCAGCUCUGGUUACUUGAUCAACUAGGCCAGACCCUCAAUCAGGCCCCGCACCAGGGUGAGGAUGUUUUCAAUAAAAGUCCAGUUACGACACAGUCUUCACCUUCCCCACCCCUGAGUCCGGCAGGGGGUCAGCCGAGUCCACUCGUUGAGCCGGUGAGCCUCUCCCUGGAGAGCAGUAAGGAGAAUCAGCAGCCUGAGAACCUGGUCUUGGGCCUACCUCCCCAGCCCGAGGGAGGGAAGUCAACAGCCAAUCUUAUAGCUCUACAUCACCCCACUAACCCACUUGGCAUCCAGGAGCUGGUAGCCAUGUCUUCUGAGCUUGACACCUAUGCCAUUACUAAAAAAGUCAAAGAGGUGUUGACAGACAAUAAUCUAGGACAGCGUCUUUUUGGAGAGACCAUUUUGGGUCUGACUCAAGGCUCUGUGUCGGACUUGCUGUCACGGCCUAAACCCUGGCACAAACUUAGCCUCAAAGGCAGGGAACCAUUUGUGCGCAUGCAGUUGUGGCUCAAUGAUCCUCACAAUGUUGAAAAGUUGAGGGCUAUGAAAAAGAUGGAAAAGAAAGCUUACCUGAAGCGACGUUACGGGUUACUGAGCACAGGCUCAGACAGUGACUCGCCCAGCACUCGCUCAGAGUGUGUGAGUCCAGCCUUAGCCUCGCUGGACCUGUGCUCAUACGGUCAGGUGAAGAAGCCUCGAGUGGUGCUUGGAGCGGAGGAGAAAGAAGCCCUGAGGAAGGUCUACCUCUUGGAGCCGUAUCCCUCUCAGAAUACCAUUGAGAUGCUAGCAGCCCAGCUCCACCUCAAAACCAACACGGUUAUCAACUGGUUCCACAAUUACAGGUCCAGGAUGCGACGCGAAGUGCUGAUGGAGGGUCUGCCCGACAACGACACGGACGCCGAGCACCACAGCUACUCGCCUUCACUGACGAGGAGCCCCCACUCUGACGGGGAAGAGAGGAGGUCGCAGCAACCCUCAGGACACAACCGCUCCAGCCUUCCCCCCAGCAACAUUGCACUUCCUUAUGUCAAACAAGAGGAAGCGGACGGAGAAAACGUAGGGGAAGUAGGGGCGGAGGACUCGUCGAGACAAACGAGCGCUCAGUGUUUUUCCACUACAGUGCAAUUUCCCCAGUUUAAAAGCGAGCGGGAGGACCCCGGCGUCGACUGUCGUGAGCCCCUCUCAACUGGCCAGGAAGAGGAGAUAAGCAGUCAGCUUGCUGUGUACAAUAGCAGCACCUCAAUAGACACCCCCCAGAGAGUGAAUCAAUCCAGGCACGAGGGGGAAGACUCCAGAAAGUCACCCGUCGACCCGCUCAGCUUCAAGGCCUCGUCGGAAGCCUGCCGCAGCAGUUUGGAGAUCGCCCUCAACUCUCCUUCUGCUGCAUCCUCCCCUGGUCUCAUGAUGUCAGUCUCUCCCGUGCCCUCUUCCUCUGCUCCCAUAUCCCCCUCGCUGCCGAACCCGCCCUCAACGAGCACCAAUCACAGCCUGGACCCGAAUGCGCCCCCUCCUUUCCAAAGCCCUAAGCUCAAUAGAAGCACUCAGAGACGCAAUGAGAAAAUGGCAAACCUCAAUAAUAUCAUUCACAGGUUAGAGAGAGCCGCCAAUCGUGAAGAAACACUAGAAUGGGAAUUUUAA